CGCCCUUAACUUUUUUGUUUCGACUGGCUGACGGAAUGGAUGUCGGCGCUGGUGGCGGCGGACUGUGGCUCCGGCCCCAAGGGGGACGGCUCGCUCCCUGUCCGGUAUAAGUGAGGCGUCCGCCACGUUGGAAUGGCGUCGCCGCUUCGUCCCGGCUGCAGCGUCUUUUGUUGACCUUGACCUUGUCGUCGGCAUCUGCAUCCCUCGAUUGGAUGCUUUGGGUUUUUGCGCGCCGGGUGUGAAAAGGGCAGACAUGUCUUAUCGGGGUUGCAACGCUGCUGCUACCGCACGUCUUCCGCACCGACGACGCUCCUCGUCGACCUCGUCGUAGCUCGCCGCCGUUGGGUUGGCCUCUCUCAUCAGCGGUCAGCGACAGGUGCAGCAAUCGACGCACUUGGGUAUCCAGCACAAGCGCGCGGAACCAUGGCCACCGACAAGCGCACCGACGAGCCCGUCCUGCCGACCACGGCCGCGGCGACGGGCUCCUCGGCCGGUAUUGCGCCGCCACGGACCAAGAAGCCUGAGGCCUGGUGGGCGAUUCACCCCUUCCGCGGCAUGGUCAGUGACCUGCGCCGCCGCGCGCCCUACUAUGCCAGCGACUGGCUCGAUGCGUGGGACUAUCGUGUCGUCCCGGCCACCGUCUACAUGUACUUUGCAAACAUCCUGCCUGCGCUCGCCUUUUCGCUCGACAUGUUCCAGAAGACGGGCUCCAACUACGGUGUCAACGAAGUCCUGCUGGCCUCUGUCCUCGGCUCCGUCGUCUUUUCCCUCUUUGCUGCCCAACCGCUCGUCAUUGUGGGCGUCACAGGCCCCAUUACCGUCUUCAACUAGUCCGUUCCGCUUGUCCUUGUUUCCAACGGUAACCCAGACUGACCUGUGCAGCACCGUCUACGACAUAAUGAAGGACUCGGGGGUCGACUACAUUUGCUUCAUGGCCUGGAUCGGCAUAUGGUCACUUAUCCUCCAUUGGAUCCUUGCCAUCACCAACUCGUGCAACUGGCUGCGCUGGGUUACCCGCUUCCCCUGCGACAUCUUUGGCUUCUACGUCGCCUUCAUUUACCUGCAAAAAGGCAUCCAGGUCCUCACUCCACUCGGCGGCGCGGCCCCAUUCUAUCUCUCCCUCGUCGCCGCCCUCCUCGUCUUCAUGGUCGCCUACGUCUGCGGCCAGCUCGGCACCAGCAGCCUGUUUCGUCACCCAGUCCGCGUCUUCCUCAAAGACUACGGCACGCCGCUCACCCUCAUCUUCUUCACCGGCUUCGUCCACAUCGGCAGGAUGGACAGCGUGCCCCUCGAGCGCCUGCCCACCGGCAUCGCCUUUGAGCCCACGAGUGGCAGAUCCUGGCUCGUCCGCUUCUGGGAUCUCAGCGUCAGCGACAUCUUCACCGCCCUGCCCUUUGCCAUUCUGCUUACCAUUCUCUUUUGGUUUGAUCACAACGUCUCCUCCCUCAUCGCUCAGGGCAGCGAGUUUCCCCUGCGCAAACCCGCCGGUUUCCACUGGGACCUAUUCCUGCUCGGCCUGACCACCGGCGUGGCAGGUAUCCUCGGCCUACCGUUCCCCAACGGCCUCAUCCCCCAGGCACCCUUCCACACCGAAUCGCUCUGCGUGACCAAGGCCGUCCGCGCCGACGAGGAGGACGAUGACAAGGUCAAGGAUCGCUCAGCGACGGCCUACGCCUUUGAAGCCACUCAUGUCGUCGAGCAGCGCGUGUCCAACCUCGCCCAGGGCCUCCUUACCCUCGGCACCAUGACGGGUCCCCUCCUCGUCGUCCUCCACCUCAUCCCCCACGGCGUCCUCGCCGGCCUCUUCUUCAUCAUGGGUUUUCAGGCCCUCGAGGCCAACGGCAUCACCGCCAAGCUCGUCUUUCUCUCACGCGAUACGGCCCUCACCCCGCCGUCGCAUCCGAUCCGCGCCAUCAAGCGCCGUGCCGCCGUCUGGCUCUUCGUGGCCAUUGAGCUCAUCGGCUUCGGCGCCACUUUUGCCAUCACCCAGACCAUUGCCGCCGUCGGCUUCCCCGUCUUCAUCCUCGCCCUCAUCCCCGUCCGCACGCUGCUCCUCCCACGCAUCUUCCGCCCAGAGGAGCUCGCCGCGCUCGACGCCCCCACCGCCUCUGACUUUACCAUGGAAGGCAUCGGCGGCGCCUGGGGCGGCAGCGGCAGCGGCGGCGACACGGCCAGCGGCGACGACACCGCCGUGUCGACCCGCAUGCCCUCCCCGUCGGAGCCCCUCUCGCGCGACACCCGCCACCGCGAUAGCGUCUUUGCUGGCCCGGGCGGCCCGCGCAAGAGCCAGGAGGACCUCACCGAGAUGGGACACGCCCAGAGCGGCCAGAGCACGGCGACGCGGCGCAGAAGCGUCGGCCGCCGGGCCGCCGGCGCAUGCAGGGGGAGCUCAUCGCACACUCAGGGACCAGCGCCUCUCUAGCACGCACGCAGUAUCUCGGGGCUUGGGAAGAACUGGACACAUCUGGACAUUUUUCACAUGAGCGGGCGAUAUAGUAUACCCAGAGGCCGCGGCCUCUUUGAUCUUGCAAAUUAGAAACGCCCUGGAUAAGCGACAUAUAACGUGCGGCGCUUAGACCCCAGAAGUAAUACAUGUAUCCAUGGC